UAGACUUUUUUCUUUGACGGGAUUUUUUCUAAAGUAGUCACGCGUCCUUCUCGACGACAAUCGCACCUAGACAGCCUCUUCCUUGCACACCAUGUCGGCAGAAGGAUCGGGCUCGGGGCGAGCCAAGGAGGACAAGCCAUCGAGAGAAGCCGUUAAGGCGGACAGGGAGGCGGCAAAGGAGGCCAAGAGGGCGGCGAAAGCUGCAGCGGCCGCCAAGAAGGCUGGCGGCGCAAAGGCACCUCCGCCAGCAGCAGGGGGAGCGACAGGGGGAGCAGCAGCACCUGCUGCGAGGGGAGAAAGGACAGCCGAGAGGGGGGCGGCUCCUUCAAGGCAGUCUCAGCCGCGGCAGGAGGGAGAUGGGCAGUCGCCCUCGCAGGGCCGAUCUUCAGCGCGACAGGAGCACGCCAGAGGGCAAGGUCAUGCACAGGCCGCACAACGAGGCGAAGAGCCAAAGACGGCGGCCAACAAAGCCGCCAAUGCGGCGGCGACGACGACACCAGCCACGCCGUCGGUCCUGGGGGGUAUCUCCCUCUUUGGAAAUGUGUCGACAUCAAAGUCUUCGGCGCAGCUUGCCCCCUACGUGACAGCAGCCACGCAUCGAGCACAGGUGCAUCCCUCUGUCUUGAAGCUGGCCCAACAGCUCUCGUCGUUCAGCAUCGUCGGCGCAGACGCAAGGGCGAUCGCCGUUCUUGGCGCGCUGCGUGACUUUGUGGCAGACUACCGGACACCGCAAGGCGCCGUGCUGAACCGCGACCUCGUCACCAAGCUUAACCCGCAAAUCACCUUUCUCGUCACCGCGCGACCACUGGGCGCCAGCGUGGGCCAUGCGAUUCGCUUCCUCAAGUACGAGAUCAGCGUGGUGCCCGUCGAGCUGAGCGAGCAAGAGGCAAAGGAGACGAUCCUGUCCAGGGUCGACCACUUUGUCAGGGACCGCAUCACAUACGCCACGCGCGUCAUUGCCAGCAACCUGUCCACGGGCAAGAUCAAGGACGGCGACGUCGUCUUGACUUUUGCUAGAAGCAGUGUUGUCGAGCAGACGUUGCUCGAGGCGUGGCAGAAGCGGGGGAAACGGUUCCAUGUGGUCGUUGUCGACGCUCGGCCCCUGUGCGAAGGGAGAAAGCUGCUCACCAACCUCGUCGACGCAGGCAUCCCGUGCACCUACGGUCUCUUGACUUCGCUCAGCUCCCUCGUCGCCAAGGCCUCUAUCGUCCUGCUCGGCACAGCUUCCUUGCUGGCCAACGGUGCACUCUAUGCGCGCGCUGGCACGGCCAGCUGCGCGAUGAUGGCGAGAGCCCAAGGGGUACCCGUCAUUGUGUGCUGCGAGACGUACAAGUUCAGCGAGCGAAUCCAGCUCGACAGUUUUGUAGUCAAUGAGGCAGGCGACCCUCGCGACAUUUUGGCGCAGCAGCAGGACACAGACCUCAUCUCGGCAAAGGAAUGGGAGGGCAACGAAUCGUUGGGAGCCGUCAAUCUCUUGUACGAUCUCACCCCACCCCGCUACGUCACAGCCGUAGCCAGCGAGGUGGGCUUGAGCGGCCCUGAGAGUGUGGGCGUCAUCCUCCGAGACUACAAGAGCGUCUUGUAUGGCCAGUGAUCUCAAUCAAUUGGAGCACGAUUUUUAGACA